CCAUUGCAAGCCAUUGAAGGCAAUCUGCUUACUUUGAUAGCUUGCUUUCUGCUUUUAAUUUCUUGGAGAGUCUAUCGAUUUACGAUUACUCCAUGGCUACAUCCAGAGAACCCUAAAGAAUUACCGUACUGGAUUCCACUUUUAGGUGAGCAGUCUUCGAUAUCAUGUUCGAACACAAAUGCAAUUCAUCUCGAUAUUUGCCUUUUGGAAGAACGAGCUGACUUCCAAAGGACGUACGGUGGGGUUCUAUAGGAAUGCGAAUGAUAUCUUGGGACGUGGGAGGUAUGUGCUCCGAUAAUCCGCAGAACUUCCUAUAAGCCGAAACAAACGCUGAGAGCUCAAGGUAUAUUUUGGAGAUACUAAAGCUCUAUAUUUAAUCACACUCGCAGGUGAAACUCUUUGUGUGAUCAUUGGAGCGAGCGAUAUACAAGAGAUCUACCGAAAUAGCUCAACGAUAACAUGGGAUAAUUUGAUCAAAGAUAUGUACUCCUUUGUGGGUCUAUAUCCUAGAAGCAUCUCCCAGGUGUGACGUGAAACUCAUGAACAGCUGGUUACCCCAGACUCCAAAAACCACACCCGAUCAGCACACGAGAUGACUUCUGAAUAUCAUCGUCAGCAAUUACUCACGGCGGUCAAUUCUGAGAACCUCGUCCAGCAAAUAAUCCCAGGUCUUGAGAAAAGCCUUUCCUGGAACAUAUUGAGGAAACAUCCCACUUGUAUCCACACAUCCGGAGACUCUAUCACGCUUUCUCUGUGGAAUUGGUGUAACGAAGUUAUAAUCAAGAGCUCAGCCACUGCAUAUUAUGGACCCAAAAUCUUCGAGAUAAAUCCAAAUCUCUUACAAGCAAUGAUGUCAUGGGAAGCUACAAACUGGAAAUUUAUGUACAAGUUACCUGACUUCAUGGCACGAGAUAUGAUUAAUGCCAGAAGUGAAUCUAUUGACACGCUGUGCAAGUACUUUGAGACGCCGAAGAAAGACCGUUCCGAUGCACUGUAUUUUGUAACGGCCAUGGAAGAAGAAAUGCGGGCAGCUGGCUUGAAUGACCGCGAAACUGCAGGCAUACAUAUGCUAUAUUUACGGGCAAUUACCGCCAAUGUAUACAAGGCUGCAUUCUGGGCAAUAGCUCACAUUGUCCAUAGACCAGAAUUGCUUACUCAAAUCCGCGCAGAGAUAGCUCCAGCUAUAGGAACAAAUGGAGAAACAGUAGAUCUCAAGUAUCUCACAGAAGACUGUCCACGGCUCGAAGCUUUCUUCAACGAAGUCCUGAGAAUCAACUCGGCAGGAGCACUUGCACGCGAAGUCAUCACACCCACAUUUUUUAGUGGGAAAAUACUUGCGAAAGGCACAAAACUUAUGAUUCCAUACCGCCAACUUCAUCUUGAUGGACAAGCAUGGGGACCAAGCGCUCGUGACUUUGACCCAGAAAGAUUUCUCAAGGACAAAAGCCUUAUACGCAGUCAAAACUUCCGACCCUUUGGAGGCGGUCAUACACUCUGUCCAGGCCGCUUUAUUGCUAAGAAAUCAGUUUACACCAUCGUGGCUCUUAUUUUUUCUCGAUACGAUGUUACUUUGGUAACUGACGCCGCCACUCAAAAGUUUCCACGCAUAGAUGACGCUACUGCAGGAAUUGGAACAAUGGCACCGAUGCCUGGAGAAGACGUUAAGUUGGUCAUUAAGCCGCUGAGGAAUUGAGGAAGAAAUAUUCUAUUGGGACUGAUGAUGUGGCAUUGAGUAGCAGGAUAGCGACUCGAAUGAAAUGUGUGCGUUUUUGGCUAGGGAUUUAAAGUGCAUAGUACAAACUAUAUACCUACGAUAUUUAGCUUCAAAUUCUGUCAAUUUGGACUUGUGGUACCUUGAAUAGUGCUCUCAAUGGCUAAGACUGCUGCUCAUUCAAUUCAGGAUUCUAAUGAUCUAAGAGUAUUCCCGAAGAACCCCUCUUUGUAUGCUCACGGGAGCCUACUCCGAAAACAACAGAUUAAGGCAGGAUAAUGUCUCAAAAACUAGCGGAUAAAUACUAUUUGAAGCUGUGAUGGCAUUAGUUCCCUCUAUGUUAUUCAUAGUAAAACUAAGAAGGAUUCAUAUAUGCAAUGCUACUCAGGGAAGAAAUUAUAUUACUCAUGUAUAAGGGAGACAAGCGGCUGAAAUUGAGAACCUUUACGAAUUCUUUAUAAAUCAAACAAUACCUACUUGUUU